AUGACGAAAAUUCAACAACUGGAAGAUAAAUUACAGCAACCUUCUGCUACUUCCACCACCUCCAUAUCUAAUGACAAACAAAAUCUUAUAGCUUGCAAUAUCAAGAGCCUAACAGAUAAUUCCUUCUCAAAAUCCCCUGAUAAUUACUGUUUCGGUAACAAUUGGAAUGUCAUACAAAGACGUACAGAUGGUUCGGAGAAUUUUCAACGUGAUUGGAAUGAUUAUAAACAAGGUUUUGGCAAUAAAUCAAAUGAAUUCUUUGCGGGUCUAGAAAAAAUACAUCGUCUUACUUCGGAAAAACCUCAUGAAUUGUUGGUGGUUAUGCAGGAUUUCGAUAAUGACAAACGUUAUGCAAGAUAUGAUCAUUUCGAAAUUGGUGGUGAAGAUCAGCAAUAUGUUUUAAAAUCGUUGGGUGUAUACAGUGGCAAUGCUGGUGAUUCUUUAACUUAUCACAAAGGCUCGAAAUUCUCGACCAAGGAAAGGGAUAAUGAUCAGCAUGCGGAUUUUAAUUGUGCAGAAAAAUUUCAAAGUGCUUGGUGGUUUAAAGCCUGUCAUGAAAGCAAUUUAAAUGGCUGCUAUAGCAAUGCUAAUUUAAAGGAUUCUAAAGUGCCAUCGCAAUGUGGUAUUCAUUGGAAAACGUUUCGUGGCCAGUGGUAUUCUUUAAAAUUUGUUGAGAUGAUGAUAAGACCUAAAGUUUAAUAAUUGUUUUAAAUGUUAAUCAUAGUAGUAUUAAAAGUAUAAAAUAUGGAA